UACGAAUACUUUUAGUCCAUUACAAAAACUUUGUUAUCCUCCACAAUGGGUAAUAAGAAUAAUCGUGGUCGAGCACCCAUAGUUCGUGCAGCCAAUCAGUAUGCUGCAAAGCUGGCUGCCGAAAAGCAAAAAUCUGCACAAUUAAUUCAAGCUCAGAAGCAACAAGCUGAACUGGCUGAAGCUCAGGAGUUAGCGCAGAAAAAGGCUUUAGCUCGUCAACAAGUUUUUGAUUUCGAUUACACUUCGCUUCCAAAACAUUCGGCUUUGAGCGUCAAGAAGAUUAUUGCUACCGGAGAGGUUAAACUAAUCAUCAAUCAUGACAUCGUCCAUCGAGGACUCACUGCAAAGGAUUCAAGUUUUUUAACCAUCCUUCCUAUUUACGCCAACCUUAUCACCAAAUUCGAGUUCCAAAUUCUCGCCCCCUCAUACUACGAAUCUCGCGAGAUCUACCUCGCUCAGGUUGAAAACAUAAUGAAUAUCAUCAGUUGUUUAAACAAUUUCCAUAUCGAAGAAUUCCACUUCGUUGUAUCUCUCAAUAAGGCGUACAAUUUCCAACAGAUGAAGCUUGCGGCAGCAGUCCAUAAUCUCUACUUCAGAAAUUGGACUAUGACAACCAAGGUCCGUGGUGUUGCAGGCACAUGGAAUGUUGAUAGUGGAAACGAAUGGGACCGCAAAUUGGCGAGAAUUUACAAGCAAGACUUUUUGACCUUCACAGCGAAGGCAUUCAAAAUUGUGGAUUGAGGGCAGGGAUGGAGUUAUAGCAUCAGC